AAAUGGCAUAUGUGCUGUUAAAUCAUAAUGACUGAUAUUGAAUCUAGAUUGUGCACAGUUUUGUAACUGCAGUAUGGAUUUUAUUGCUUCCUUAGGGCAGAUGGGGGAUCAAAUUGUAUUGGACCAACCAGAAACUAUCGUUCUUGCAAUGUGCAGGACUGUCCUGAUGGCUCACGAGAUUUCCGUGCCAAGCAGUGUUCAGAAUAUGAUGGCAUGGAAUUCCAGGGGAAAAGAUACAAGUGGCUGCCAUACUAUGGAGCAUCCAACAAGUGUGAGUUAAACUGUAUACCCAAAGGAGAGAAUUUUUACUAUAGGCACAAGAGUGCUGUUCUUGAUGGAACCCCAUGUGAGCCAGGCAGAAGAGACAUCUGUGUAGAGGGGGUCUGUAAGACUGUUGGUUGUGACCACGUUCUGGAUUCAUCUAAAAGAGAGGAUCGGUGCCUGGUGUGUGGAGGGGAUGGUAACACCUGCUAUGAGGUCAAAGGAUCUUAUGAUACACCUACAUUAUCAAAAGGAUACAGCCAACUCUUCACCAUUCCAACUGGAGCAGUCAAUAUUCAGGUGAAGGAAAUCACUCCCACAAGGAACUUUUUAGCUGUAAAGAAUGUACGUGGUGAGUAUUACCUGAAUGGACAUUGGACUAUAGAAUACAGCCGGGCUCUGCACAUAGCCAGCACCAUCCUUCAUUACUAUCGAGGAUCAGAGGGAGACCUUGCACCUGAGGUCCUAACAGCCAGGGGACCAACUACAGAACCCCUGGUUAUUGAGCUCAUUGGACUAGAAUCCAACCGUGGAAUACAAUAUCAAUACUACCUACCCAACCAGGAGGAAACAGAUGACUACCAGUGGAGCUAUGGCUCUUGGAGUGAAUGCAGUGCAGAGUGUGGAGGAGGUUACCAAUCCCGCUUAGUGUUCUGCACAAUAGACAAUGAGGCUUACCCAGAUUAUAUGUGUAGAGACAAACGAGCUCCACCAAGCAACCGAACCUGCAGCACUCAGCAAUGCCCACAGACAAAAAGGAUGUCUUACAUAUAUCCGCCAACAAUGUGGAGUCGAAUAGUGAACACAAAAAUGACCAGCUGGAAGGUUGGUGAGUGGGGACCAUGCACAGCCACUUGUGGUGGUGGCACUCAGACUCGAUCAGUGUACUGCAUUUCUUAUGAAGGCCGAGCCUCCCACCAAGUGGUAAACGAUGCAGAGUGCACUGCGUUUAUAGAAAAGCCAACCACCCAACAGAUCUGCAAUCUCCGAGCAUGCGCUAAAUGGAACACAGGCCAAUGGACAACAUGCUCAGCAGAAUGUGGAGAAGGAAUACAGAAACGAACAGUAACUUGCCGAACAGACACUGGCGCCAUCGUUCAGGACACAGCUUGUACACAUCAGGUCAAGCCUUCAGACAGCCAGCUGUGUUAUGGUGAAAACUGUGUUCAGGAAAUUGGCUGGCACAUUGGAGAGUGGGGCUUGUGUUCUAAAAGCUGCAAUAAUGGCAUAAGAAAACGUCAAGUGGUUUGCGCUGACAAUGACAGAAACUUCUAUGAACCAGAGACUUGUGAAGCCUAUGAGCCUGAAAGGCCAGGUGUUAUUGAGAGCUGUAAUAUGCAGCCUUGUUAUCACAAACAACAUGUUCCCAGUAUGCAAGAUACCUGGGGAUAUGAUAACUCAGAUCAAUUUGUGUUAACACGAUUCAAGCAGGACUAUCCAACCCGCUCUCCAGAAACAGAUGACAAUUUUCUUCCCAACAAUGAUUGCAGGAGAACAAGAUAUAGCUGCUGCCCAGAUAGGGUGACACCUGCCCAGGGUUAUAACAAUGAAGGAUGUCCCAGUGAAAGGAACCCAAGAGCUGACCCUCAAAUGCCGUCUGAAGAAUGUAGAACCUCCCAAUAUGGAUGCUGCUUUGACAACAUCAGAAAAGCUUCUGGUCCCCUGGGUGAAGGAUGUCACAGUAAACCCAGUUAUCCAUAUCCAACAAUGUGUCUUCUAUCAAGUGCUCUGGGCCCUUGCAGUGACUGGACUACUCGCUGGUACUUUGUCGCAGAUGUUGGCAAAUGUAAUCGUUUUUGGUACGGUGGUUGCCACGGCAAUAAAAAUAAUUUUGGCAGUGAAGAGGAAUGCGUUAACGCUUGCCAAAAAAUCUCAGGGAGGACAACUGGAAUAGAAUAUCGAUACCGUAAGAGGGGAAUGAAGUGGGAUCGCUUAUCACAUGAAAACCCAGGAGUUGAUGAAUCUGUAGGUUUGGGACAUGUGCCAGGAGGACAACAUCGAGGAAUUGUUAAAACUCUUGAUGGAGACACAGAAGGCCGUAUUCUUGCUGGGCAUGAUUUGGAUGAGAGCAGUAUAGAUUACAGAAUAUCUGGUCCAUCCACUGAUCAAAGCCAAUAUGCACCCAAAGUAGAAGACACAUCUCGCCAUUCUUCCCUUUACAGAAUAAUCUUGAACAAGGCAGAAUCAUCAUCUAUGGAGUCAUUGAUUGGACAAACUGUCCGUCUGCUGUGCAGAGUGAGUGAUUACCCUUUCCCCAGGGUGGAAUGGCAGAAAGAUGGAAGUCCUGUGUCCUCAACCAGGCACACCUACCAAUCAGACAGCUCUCUUGUGAUCAACAAUGUCCAAGCUGAAGAUGCCGGAACCUACACCUGUAUGGUUUCAAAUGGCAACCAUAAAGAAACACACACAGUGCGGCUUCAAGUGAGGGGAACUGUGACACAUGAAGGUCGUAAAACACAUGAAAUUGCCAGAGGGAGAAAUGAAGAUGUUCGAAGGGCAGGCUCUUCUACUGCUCAUGUGUUAAGAGAAAAUUUGCACAGUAGUCAUUCUGUGCACUCUGGGAGAAGGACAUCUGUGACUGGUCCCAUUGAGGUGGAAGCAAAUCUUGGUCAUCGGGCACGAUUAUCUUGUCAUUUGCACAUAUCUCCCAGUACAAUGGUAGAAUGGCAAAAAGAUGGACUGCCCUUGCCUUCCGCAAGAUACAGAAAACAAGCAGAUGGUUCACUGGUGAUCAGUCGUGUAAGCUCAGAAGAUGCUGGAUUGUAUACAUGUGCCACUACUAAUGGACAUCGCAGAGACUUUAAACAAAUCCAAUUAAAAAUCAGAGGGGAACUAAAAAUCACUGAGCCGCCCAGUGGUGUCACUGUGUUAGAAGGUGAAGAGGCUUCAUUGAAAUGUAUAGUGAAAGGUGACAAUAUCAAUGUUCAGUGGUCAAGGAAUGGUGUGCCAGUGCAGCCAGAUGGCAGUCACACGUAUGUGUCUCAUGAUGGCAGCUUGAUAAUAAGGAACACCAAGACUGCAGAUGAAGGCUCAUAUACAUGCAAUGCAUACAGUGGCAGUCACUCUGUCAGUGCCAGUGCAGAAAUCAAGGUGAACAGGAAUAAACCAAUGGUAUCUUCAGUUCAAACUGCGGACCCAAACACAGAGUGCCUUGACCACCCCGAGCUCGCCAAUUGUGACCUAAUUGUCUAUGCUCAGCUAUGUAACAAUGAGUACUACAGCAGCUUCUGUUGUGCCAGCUGCUCCAAACAUGGCUCAGGACACAGCCAUAGACGACACAACGGCUGA